CUGUAUUGUCUUACCUUUCCAGUUGUGGUUGAAUUUUUUUCCCCAUCUUUUUUGCAACCAUCACCACCGCUAUGUCGUCUCUUCUUCGGGAGGAAAUGCAACGAGUUUUGUUCAGACCUGCAAAACAAAGACUAGUUGAGUUUAUUGAAAUUGAGGAGCCACCACAAGGCAGGCAUUUUCUCUGUGUCUCAGUUGCAAAAAGACAGGUACAGUUAUCCAUUGUGCGAUGCCAGAUAACACAGACCACUAUAAAAACUGGAUCCAAGAGGUCCCAAACCAAACGCUCCAGCAUACAGGACUGCUACAAAAGGACAGAGAUUUGGUUUCUGGAGGACUUGAGUCUAGUCGAUGGCCGGGAUCCUGAUGUGGAUGACCCUUGUUUCCUGCUGCACUUCAGUAAAGUGCGGACAGUGACUGCCAUCAGCUGCUCUGCCAAAUAUUCCAUCGUCCGGGCGCUGGUGGCACUGAGUGACCAGUACUGUCAGAGGACGCUGAACCUUCGGAACUUUGACUGGGUCUACAUCAAACCCACUUCCUUUUACUCCAACAGAGGAGACUGUGUGGUGCUUUCACAGAUAUGCUUCUAUGCAUUUAACUUGGUUUGCCUGUCUAUGUGUCCCGUGCCCCUGGAUGCGUAGGUGCAGUAAUUCACACACAGAAGUCCAUGUUUAAUGUAGUGAUACUGUGGAUUAUCUUACAUCACUGUGCAAGUCCAUUUUUGUCUAUUGUGGUGUCAAUCUAUCAUUUUUAGUAAAAUCGUGUGGUGUCUGCCAUCAUAUAAAAUGUAUUUUUGCUGUUGUAAUGAUCCUUUUAUUAAUGAAAGGCCUAUUUGAAACCCUAUGUAAAACUGGGCCAACUGUCAUUUGCAUAUUUU